CGACGCGCUCGGCGCUCGCUAGGGGUCCGCUCGGCGCUCGGCCGGCGGCCUGCGUGGUGCGUGCGGCGCCCUCGGAGGCUCCGGCGCCGCCAUCAUGUCUACAGCCAUGAACUUCGGGUCCAAGAGCUUCCAGCCGCGGCCGCCGGACAAGGGCAGCUUCCCGCUGGACCACUUCGGUGAAUGCAAACGCUUCCAGGAGCAGUUCAUGAAGUGCCUCCGCGCAAGCAAGUUCGAGAGCGCGUUGUGCAGACACGAAUCCAAAGCCUAUUUGGAGUGCCGGAUGGAGAGGCAACUGAUGGCACAAGAACCACUGGAAAAGCUGGGGUUUGGAGACUUGAUGGACGGAAAGGCAGACAAACACUAAAUCCUCAUGGGAAGGCCACCGGCCGGGCAUCUGGGGCGGAGCCGUGGCGCUGACCUGUCACCCUGAGGUCACUUGGUGUGACUGAGAAAGGGGCGUCCGCGUGCCCUUGGAGCACCUCGGUGGGCGGGGCUCACACCGGGAAGGGCUCCUCCUC